AAAGAAAAGAGUUACAUUAUUUUGCAUAUAGGAUAGCAUGGACAUAAAACUGAUAUGUGCAGUGUUAAGAAAAUUUUGAGAUAAAUAGAUGAAGUGAGAGAGUGAGCGCUCACUUAGGGUUACUGUAGUUUUUUCUCAUUGUGAUCGAGUGCUGCUGUGUUUUUCUUUUAUGGCACCUUCUACUCCCCCUUCAAAAGUGUGUUGAUACGCCACGCCAAACACGCCGACAAGGUGUGACGCUUCUACAGUCUCUCUGCAUUGUGCGAUGUUCAGUCAUUUAUGUGUUUCGUGCACACUGCGGUUUAGUCUCUUUUGAAAAAUUUACGAAAAAAUACGCUUCAUUUGGAAUAAGUGCAAUACACAGAACUUUCGAAAUACGCAACAACAUAAAAAUAUUAUUGUGCUGAGGAGGCUUUUAGGCGUCCGUAAGAGAAGCAUUUAUCAACACAUAUUGAUACAUAUAUGCAGUACGUGCGAAAAUACCGUCAUAUCAUCGUAUCGCAGUAGGUACGUGACGAAAGCGAUAGCUAAAUCGAAAUUGCAAGCAACAACACCGCCACUUGACAUUUAAACUAAAUAAACAUAGCCACGAAACACAACUCGAAAGGUGUCAACAAAAAAGAGAAAGCGCGUUAAACACAUCUCCAUCGUAUCAGCAACUCCCAGCUGGAAAUCAUAUUUUUCUAUUUUGUGCUACAGAUUCGCAAAAAAUAUAAAACUGUAAGUCCUACAAAUACACAAAAUGGAGACUAAUAGCGUUAAAUCCUAUUUUGUGGAGAAAUACGAGCGCUUAUGUAACUACAUGGAGCGUGACACAAUCGGCACGCAAGCCGCUAUUUAUGGCACAUCUGGUCUAAUGCUGCUAAUUGCAUAUGUGAAACGCAAGCCGGCUUACUUGGUGCGUCCUUUCAAAAAGCCUUCCCACAUCCCAGAGAAGUUGAUAAAUGAGCGCGUGAUGCACACUGGUCUUAUACGCGAUAUACAAGUGAAAGAUCAAGAUACGUUGCUGCUCAUCAAUCAUCGACCGCUGAUAUCUCUUUUCACCAGCAAAAAUAGAGUAUUGCCAGUUAAGUUGCCCGGAAUUCAAGUGAAUGGUAAUGGUAUAUCCUGGUUGCAGUCAUGCUUAAUUGGACGUCGUGCCACUUUUAUUCCGCUGGCGAAAAGUAAACGAGACGAUUUUGUUGUAAGUCAGCUAUGUUUGAUGCAUCCACCCAAGGGCGGACGUCUCAUUGACAUAUCGGAGACUUUGCUGAAGUUAUGCUUUGCACGCUUUGCUCCUGAUGAGGCUGCGGCUGUGAAGCGUAAUACAAAGUACUAUGAUCAUCUAAAGAAGGUGGAGGCGAGUGCAUUGUCUAAGCAAUCCCGGCUACGUUGGUUAGCCAGGCAUCCAUCACUUUGGAGUAUGCUGCGCGACGCGAAAGCGAAGAUAUUAUCGAAAAAAUCAUUACUGCCCGAACUUGUGCGCUGAAAGUGUAAAGUUCGUCAUAAGAAAGUGCAUAUAGUUAUUAGGUUGCCAAUUUUCCGCCGUAAAGGAGUACAAGCGAUUACAUUGAGUGUAAGCGCAAAACGCUGCUAGAGAUAAGGUGGCGAUUGUGAUGAAAAAUGACAAUACAGAUAUCGUUAUUUAACACUUUCUGCGCUCCAACAUGGAAAUCUUUGCGUUUGGCUACGUGCAGACAUUUUAAGUCUUCGUUUUAUUAGCUUUUAUGAAUUCUUUGUGCAUUUUUUUGGUUACAACAUUUGCUUUUAUAUACGAUUUUGUACUUAAAUUGCUUCUUUCACAACCUGGCGCCACUUUUAUAUAAAUAAAUACGGUUCGAAACCGGUAAAAUAUUUUAUUCAGAA